AUGCAGAUUCCUAUAAUAAAGCACCUUAAGAUUGUCUUUACGACCCUGGCGCUUUGUCAUGACUGUCUUGGGUUUGUCCAGGUCGGUCCAUCGUCGCAUUCCAGGUUGACCAUUGUCAAUCCUUGUGGUACCACCACCGGUACCGGUAGCAGCAGUAGUACCGGUAGCUGCAGCAGUAGUGAUUACCGUGGGAUCGCCCUUUGUGCUCUUCCGCCGACUCGACAACAACAACGAGACCAGACAACGAACACUUCUACCAACAGUACUAACAGUGACUCUAACGACGACUCUUGGUUCGCUGGUGUUCCAAAAUCCGUGACGAAUCCAUUGGCACUUCUGUUAGGGUCUCAAUUUCUACUCUUUAUUGGCGUCGGCGCCGUCAUUCCCAGCAUUCCGCUGUACGGCAAAGAAAUUGGACUUUCUCAAGCCGCCAAUGGCAUUGUCAUUUCGGCACCCGCCGUGGCAUUGCUCUUGUUGGCCAAUAUUUCCGGCAAUGUCGCCGAUCGAGCACGCAAACCCGCCAUGAUGGCUGGCAUGGCAUUGAUUGUCGUGUCGGAUAUUGGCACGGCACUGGCACCGUCGUUGGGGCCCUUGAUUCUGGCACGAUUGGGAUUGGGGGCAGGACGGGGGAUAUCGGAAGCAGGGGAACGAGGCAUGUUGGCCGAUUUGGCAUUGCAAGUUCCGGCACUCCGUGGAAGAGCAUUGGCGGCCCAGCAAGCCAUGGUGGCAUUGGGCAUUGCCAUUGGAGCCCCACUGGGAGGCUUGAUUGUGGAACAAUACGGACCACGGGCGUCCUUUUUGUGUGUCAGUGCGGCCGCCUUUGUGUCACUCGUCAUGUACGGGUUCUUGCCCGAAACCAGAGGAGUGGCUAUUACUACCGGUACGAAUACCAAUAGUGCUAAUGACGACGACGACGACGACGUCAAUGGUACAUCCAAGCAGCAACCGCAAGAGCUUGUACAAUGGACCACACUACUUCAAGACAAUCAAUGGAGAGGACUGGCACUCUGUCAAUGUGGCGCCAGCUUUGGAUUUGCCGCCAAAAUUGCCAGCAUUCCCAUUCUUGCCACGGCAAUCUUACCGGGUGGAGCCAUCGGAGCCGGAGCCUUGUUGUCGGCCGCAGGAUUGUCCGGAUUGAUUGGGGCGCCCGUUGGAGGAUUCAUUACCGAUCGAGCGGGAGCUCAAUUUGCCGCCAUUGUGUCGGGUGUGUGCAGUGGUGUGGCGCUCUUGGGGAUUCCUCUGGCAUUGUCGCUGAACAGCAAUAUUAACAACAUGGAUGAUACUACCAUGAUGAUGUGGGCACCACAAAUACUACAAUCCAUGGGACCCAAUGCCCUCGCCUUUUCGGCGUUGGUCAUUGCCUGGAGUACUUCCGUGGCGGCACAAGGUCCGGCCAUGACAGCCUUGGCACAGGAAUUGGCGCCGCCAGGAUCCGAAGCCACCAGCAUGGCAUUACCGCGAGCGGCGGGCGAUGGAACUUACAUUGUUGCACCCUUUCUUCUAGGGACUGUGGCUGACAAGGCACUCGGCAUGCCCGGGUUGGAAUGUGCCGUGGCGGGGAGUGCCACAAUACUGGGAGCCUUGGCAUUGGCCGUCUUGGGACGUUCGCCCAAGGAGGAUGCCGUACCGGUAUCACGGCCAAAACCAUGA